AUGACUGCUCGAAGGGAAUUCAUAUUGGAUGCGCUGAAUGCACCCAAAUUUGUAUAUAGAUAUAAGUCUCGGGCCAUAGGGAAAGAUGCAAAAUUGACGAGAUCUUUGGAGCAGGAAGUUCAGACAUGUAAAUAUCGGGAGAUUCUUCAGAGCUGUAAUACAUUUGCAAUUUUUGAUUGGAUAGAGGAUAACACCACAAGAAUCAACAGGCGUUAUUAUUGGGAUAAGUUCAUCAAGACCAUACGCAAUGACGUCCAGAAGGGAAACAUCGCUUCUCUGACUGCUAAAUUGAACAACACUGCCUUUUCAAAAGCUUUGCAAAUCAAGAAUCUCAAGAAGGCACAAGACUAUAGGUGUUCUUUCUUCAGUGUUCAGACUGUCGACGGUCUCGAAACACUAUUGCAGGCCUUCAAUGUCGAGAACUGUAAGUUGAGAUUGCAUUCAUUGGGAUUGCGUGUUGUAGCACAGAGCGGUGAACCUGGGGGAAAUAGUGUGGCGUCUUAUAUCCAGGCUCUAUUGGAAGAGUCUACGAACAUGUAUACGAAUAUCAAUUACGAUAAGCUAUUAAAGAUCGCCAAAGCCUCAAAAAAUCAGAGCGAUCAAUCUGGGAAGAGACUGCUUGAGAGCCUAGCAGAAAAGGGAUUAUCUACUCCCAUUCUCGCAAAUGAAGAUACUUGGCUACUUGUUACUCGCACCCAUUAA